CAAGUGGCUUGUAAAAAAAUAAAUAAAUAACACUCAUAAGAAAAAUAUCUUUUCCUCCUUCUAAUAAAGUUAAUUUAUUAACAUGUCUUUGACUCUCGAUUUUUUACUUCCUCCUCCUCCUGCUUCAUACAAGGCUGAUCAACCUUAUGUUGUUCAUAACAAAUUGAGUGCUACCACUGAUCGUCUUAUUGAACCCGUCGGUCGUCAUUUCCUUGCUCAUGCCCGUAGAAAGACCCACAACCGUACCUUCUCUGAAGAUGAACGUCAUCAAGCUGAAGAAAAGGCUAACCAAGUUGUUGAGGAAGAGAAGGUUGAUUUCGAGUUCGAGGAUGUUGAUAUCAAUACAGUCAACCAAGAUCCCACUCAAUGGAAGUCACAAGAUAAUUAUGCCAUCCUUGGUUUGACCCAACUUCGUUACAAGGCCACUGAAGAACAAAUCAAGAAGGCUCAUCGUCGUAUGGUUCUUUUGCACCACCCUGAUAAGAAGGCAGAUAAGAAUGACGAUGCUUUCUUCAAGUGUAUCGCCAAGGCCUAUGAUACUUUAAUGAACCCCGUCACACGUCGUCAAUAUGACUCUGUUGAUUUUGGUAUGGCAUAUCUUGAAGAAGACGUUCCUACUGCCAAGACUAAAGGUGACUUUUACGAAUUAUGGCGUCCUGUCUUUGAACGUGAAGCUCGUUUCUCUAACAAGCAACCUGUUCCUUCCAUUGGUGAUGCCAACUCUAGCAGAGAAGAAGUCGAAGGCUUCUAUGACUUCUUUUAUAACUUUGAUUCAUGGAGAACCUUUGAAUGGCUUGAUAAAGAAGGUGCUGAAGGUUCCGAUAACCGUGAUGACAAACGUUAUCAAGAAAAGAAGAAUCGUGCUCAACGUGCUCAACUUAAGAAGGAAGAUAAUGCUCGUCUUCGUAAACUCGUUGAUACUUGUUUAGGUAUGGAUCCUCGUAUUGCCAUCUUCAAGGCUGAAGAAAAGAAGAGAAGAAAUGCCAAGAAGAAUGCUAGAGCUGAAGCUGAGAAGGCUGCUGCUGAGGCUGCUGCUAAGAAGGCUGAAGAAGAAAGAAUUGCUGCUGAAAAGGCUGCUGCUGAAGCUAAGGCUGCUUCUGCUGAAGCCAAGAAGGCAAAGGAGAAGGCUAAGAAGAAUAUUAGAAAAGAAAAGAAGAACAUGAGAACUAUCCUUCAAGAGAACAACUAUGCUUUACCUGCUGGUGCAGCUCCUGCUACUCCUCAAGAAGUAGAUGCUCAAUUGAUUAAACUCGAUGAUAUCUUUGCCAAGCAUACUACUCUUGAAGCUCUUGUAGCUCUUCGCGAAUCCUUUGAAAAGGCUGUUGCUGAAAAUAAGCUUAAUGAAGUCUUUGUUGCUGCUCUUUAAAUUCCUGUAGUUAUAAUGAAUGAAUGAAUUAAAUAAAAAAAAAAAAAA